CAUGACUUGACAGGCACGUUCAAGGUUCCGAUCUUUAACCUUUAAAUUUUAGCAUUAUCCAAAGGUUAAUUGAAUAUCAUAAAAAGAAACAACAAUGAGUUCAACAGGUAUUAAAAGACAAAUGCAAGCUAGUAUACAGCCUCAAAAUGUUGUUAGUGAAGAUGUAGCAGCAUUAUCAACCAUUGGAAUGAGAAUAAGGAAGGCAGUAUCUGAUGGUUAUAGUGUACCAAAUGCUAAUAAUUAUAGUUAUAGCAACAAUAUGCAAAGAGUUCCUUUACCAUCACAUUUAGAUCAACCACCAUCUUUAACUAAUAUGGGCUCAACUUUGGAUUCUUCUUCAUCAUGUUUAGCAGAAUGGGAUAGUCGUUAUCAAAUUAAUAAUGCUCCACUUCAAACUAUAGAUCAAGGUAUUAAUUAUAAUAAAAGAAAAUUAGAUGAUUCAGAAGAUUUAUAUAAUAGAGGUACAGAUGCUGCUAUGUAUGCAUCAAAGUAUGGUGAAUUGAAGUUUCAUGAAGAUUUCUAAAAGUCAUGCUGGUCAUUUAAAACUUUUGUAUUAUUUUAAUUUUGUUAGUUUGGUUUUAGUUUAAUUUGUUUCUUAAUUUUGUUCUUGUUCUUGUUUUUGUUCUUUAUUUAGUUUUUGGGAUCCCGUAGGUAUCAGUACACAUCAUAUUUGCAUAA